AUGAGCUUUGACACAGCGGACAUCUCGGUCGCCAUUUCCGCUGCUGCUGGUGGUCAGACCGCCAGUACGAGUGGCCACGGGUAUGGCGACAUGGGCGGCAAAUCCAAGUCUGCAGACAUUGCGUUUAUUUUGAAGAUCUUUGUCGUUCAAAGAGGGAAACAGAGGGUCAAGACAAAUGCUGCAGCUCGUGUCGUCGGCAAGGACGCGCCCUGGAUGAUUUGGCAAGGCAACUCCGGCUUGUGA